AUGUCUCGUCAAAUCAACCAGCCGUCCAACCAGAUCAAGCUCACAAACGUUUCGCUCGUGCGUCUGAAGAAGGGCAAGAAGCGGUUCGAAAUCGCCUGCUACAAGAACAAAGUCCUCGAGUGGCGCUCCGGCAUCGAUACCGACCUCGACAACGUUCUACAGAUCCCCAACAUAUUCAUCAAUGUCUCCAAGGGCCAAACGGCGGACAAGGAAAGCAUCGAGAAGGCUUUUGGCAAGGACAAAUCGACCAACGACGUGAUCCUCGAAAUUCUGAAAAAGGGCGAGCUCCAGGUGGGCGAAAAGGAGCGCGCGGCGCAGCUCGAUCGCGUGCACAACGAGGUCAUAGGCAUUGUCGCGAGCAAGCUUGUCGAUCCGCGGACCAAGAGAAUCUACACCUUCGGCAUGAUCGAAAAAGCGCUCGACAUGCUGAGCUCGCAGGCCCACAGCAACGCGGACAAGAGCCAUCCGGCGAGCGGCGCCGGAACGCCGAUCACGGGCGACGACGCGGGCGCGAAACCGCGAGCCAAGGAGAGCACCUGGACCGGUGUGGUGACAACCAAGAGCGCCAAGAGCCAGGCCCUCGAGGCGAUGAAGGCCCUCAUCGCCGUCCAGCCAAUUCCCGUCGCUCGCGCAAGAAUGCGGCUACGAAUUUCGUGCGCCACCAGCGUCCUCAAGCAGGCCGUGAAGCCUUCAGCCGCCGGCCAACGAGGCGCUCAAGAAGAGGACGGAGAGCAAAAGGCGCCGGGUACCGUCAAGGACAUGAUAUUGAGCUACGUAGAGCAGGUCGAGAGCCAAGAUGUGGUGGGCUCAGAGUGGGAAGUGAUUGGCUUUGUCGAACCCGGCGCCUUCAAGGCCUUGUCCGGCUUCAUUGCCAACGAAACAAAAGGUCAGGGACGUGUAGAGGUGCUAGACAUGGCCGUCACGCAUGAAGACUAA